GUGUUCUUUCUCUUGCCGUCCUGACGCCUGUAUAUAAUACCGUGACGCGUCCGCUCUUUGUGCUAGUUCACAUCAGUCGCCCCACAGAUUUGUGAUCGCAGAACGAGCAUAAAUCGAAGCGCAAAGAAUAUCCCGGGAUACACUAUUCGCUAUCCGAUAGCUUCAGUGACUUCACGGCAACAACAACCAUCAACAUGAACGGCGAUUCGGACAUCAACAGCAAGGCGCCUAUCAACGGCAGCAACGGCAGCUCUCGCCAGGCUCCAGAUCCGCUUGUCAAGGUUCAGCCACCUCGACGAGAAGACCUGCAGCCUUCGUACGCCCAAGUCAUCAAGCCAGAUACCGAAGAUGCUUCGCAACACGGCUGGUACGGCAGCAUGGUCAACACACUUGGUUCCCUCGUCGGUACACUCGGUGCGAUCCCAUGCUGCAUAGUUUGCCCCAACCCAUACAAGCCAGUCGCGCAAGGAAACGUUGGCUUGGUCACCAAGUUCGGCCGAUUCGCAAGAGCAGUGGAUCCAGGUCUUGUCAAGAUCAACCCACUGUCGGAGAGUUUGAUCCAGGUGGAUGUCAAGAUACAGAUUGUGGAGGUACCAAAGCAGGUCUGCAUGACCAAGGACAAUGUCAACCUCACCCUCACUUCCGUCAUCUACUACAGAAUCACCAGCCCACACAAAGCCGCCUUCGGAAUCUCCAACUUGCGUACCGCCCUUGUCGAGCGAACGCAAACCACCCUCCGCCAUGUUCUCGGUGCUCGAGUCCUGCAAGAUGUCAUCGAACGCCGGGAGGAAAUCGCGCAGUCCAUCCGAGAGAUCAUCGAUGAGACCGCCACUGGCUGGGGAGCUGAGGUCGAGUCUAUGCUGAUCAAGGACAUCAUCUUCAGUCAAGAACUCCAGGACAGCUUGUCCAUGGCAGCACAGAGCAAGCGUACUGGUGAAGCCAAGGUCAUCAGCGCUCGCGCCGAAGUCGAGAGUGCUAAGCUUAUGCGUCAAGCUGCCGACAUCUUGUCCAGCGCUCCAGCUAUGCAAAUCCGGUACCUCGAAGCUAUGCAGGCGAUGGCGAAGACUGCCAACAGCAAGGUCAUCUUCCUGCCCGCUCAGAACCAGACUGUGCAAUCGCAGCUAGCUCAGGCCGAUGCGGUGGGCGAAGGUCCCAGCAGCUAUCGAGACUACGGUACCACGAACACUCACGCCAACAGCAACGAAUUCGCCGGCAACACUCAGGGCUUUCAGAACGCAGUGAACGCACGCGUUGUGGAGAACAUGUGAGGAGUCUCACCAGAACGGAACGAUGAAGGCUUUCAGAGUCAAAUUGAGACUUAGUCGAGAUAGGCAGAGUACUGGAAUGAUGGCUAUUGUAAUGAUUACGAAUUGAUACCCAGGCAGUCUGAUAUAAUGUAGUUUCUUUAGAACGUUUCAGCUCUCACUACAAAUCCCUGUGACAGCA